AUGAGAGAAUCGCUCGUUUCUCCCAGGACGUCGUCUUCUGCCGCGGUCUCCGAGUCUCAAAAUCAGCCGCCGAAAGUUCUUGUCAAUACUUCAGAGGGCCUGUCGCCGAGCACAAAAGUUCUCAUUUCUAAGCUCGAGGUGGGCAAAAAGUUAUCAUUGAACAUAGCUUCUGAAAAAAAGUCUGCUGCAAUUUUUGUGUUCAUAAAUUUUCAAGAAAUACAUAUCAUAGUUUCAGAACAAGAUGCUGCGGCAAAGCCGUUCAUUGAUGACAUUGAUUUUCGGGAAACGGAAAGAACGGGGGGAAAAAGGACAUCCCUACCAAGAGGUGUGGGAUUUCUGGGACUUCAUUCAGACAGAAUCAUUGUAGGCGUCCGUCCUCCAUGCCCUCGUCGUCAUUUUCUUGGAAUACUUCGCCUGGGGACUACUCACUGUGCCAGUUAUCAACGUCAGUUUGACUUUUUUUUUCCUCAGCCGUUCCUAUUUCUUUUUAGUCAAAUGAUUAGUUCAUUGUUUCGAAGACAGGAAACAGGGUUCUUGAACGAAAAAGUCAUGAAUACCAAAAUAAUUAUUUCAGGUGCUUGCUGAGACGUUUCCAACGAACAAGUUUUUGAUGAAUGGUCUUGUUUUAGGUGUUAAGGUUAGUUAUUUUUCUACCCUGACAUCCUUUUUUUGCUUCAGGGUAUCCUGUCUUUUCUAUCUGCACCACUUGUCGGAGCUCUUUCUGAUGUUUGGGGGCGUAAGAUUUUCCUCAUUCUGACGGUUCUUUGCACUUGUAUGCCGAUUCCUUGUCUCAAAAUUAGUCCUUGGUAAAUUUUCUUGCUUUUAAAUCUGAUGGUUUAUCUUUUUGAGGUGGUACUUCUCGCUUUUCAGCAUCAGUGGUUUGUUUUCAGUCACAUUUAGCGUGAUCCUCGCUUAUGUUGCCGAUAUCACUGAUAAGCAGGUUUGGGUUUUUUUUUCUCAGAAUCAUCUCCGCGUAGCUUCGUCAAUUAAAUCUUUUUUGAAUAUUAUGAAUUUCAGGAAAGAUCGUCGGCCUACGGACUCGUUUCAGCGACUUUCGCGGCUUCUCUGGUCACUUCUCCUGCUCUGGGCGCCUACAUUUCUGAGCGGCACGGCGACAGCGUCGUCGUUCUUCUCGUAAGCUCUCUUGGUUUCUAUCAGCUUCAAAGAAAAGUCUUCUAUCGUGAUUGAUGGCCCAGCUGUGUUCCAGACCGAUAAGAAAAAAAAAAGAAAAGAAAUAAGAUAUACGCCUGUUUGAUUUGAGUUGUUUUUUAUAACCGUGUUUUAAACUUGAAACGAAAAUUAUCUCUUUUUCUGAGAAAUAUCAUAAUGAUAUUAGUACUACAUAUUAACUUUGACACUCUAGAGGAACAUUUUUCUUUUUCUCGUCUUUUUCUUUAUUUUAACUUUGACUAUAAAAAUGAUGAUAGGAGGGAAAGUUUGGUUCGGAGUUCAUUAAUUAAAGUAAGAAUCAGCCCAGAGCAAAGUAUUUUUCUGAUUACCUUAGAACUACGCUGGCAGAGAAAUAAAUUUUUUCCUUCCCGUUCUUUGUGAGAAACUUUUUUUUUUCAUAGUUCCAUUUUAACUUUACAACACUUUUAGCCGACUUUUACUCAAAAACAUAUUGGUUAAUAAACAGUUCCUACAACUUGAUAAAUGAUAUUGAGAGUAGAAAUUGAAGGCGACGGCGGUGGCUGUGGUGGACAUAGUGUUCAUAGUUCUUUUCGUGCCGGAGUCGCUUCCAUCGCGUCGCGGGCCCUGUGGCCCGUCUUCCGGUCAGGUGUCCUCCCAGGAAGUUUUCAACUGGCACUCGGCCGAUCCUUUCGGCUCUUUGAGAAUCGUUUGGGAAGACCGUUUGGUACGAUUCAAACGAACAUUCCACGUUUUAACCCUUUUACUUCAGGUUCUCCAACUCGCUUUGAUUGUUUUCCUGUCGUAUUUGCCCGAAUCUGGCCAAUUUUCUUGCUUUUUCGUUUACCUUAAGUUGGUGAGUUCUUUCUAUUAAGUCUACUCAUAAAACUAACUGCAGUUUUCUUUUUCAAUGCGAACAAACUAGGAAACCGAUGGUUACGAAGCUUUGCGAAAUUAUUAAUGUCACAAAACUAAAAUGGGUAAUAGAAAAAUUUUAAGGUUGCUCAUGCUCCGAAAGUUGAAAGCCUUUCUAAUUUGAAUAAACCUUCGGAAAACAGUGAAUACUUAGCCUCAAAAUUUUUUUUAAAUAUUUAUCUCACAUUCAGAGAAAUCUUUUCAUUAUAUAUUAAAAGAAAAAUUAUCAGCUGUUGAUCGAUAUUAUAAGUUUUUUUUUUUCAAUUGGUGAUCUAAUAACUUUAAAAUAUUUCUCUGUUGAUAAGUGGCCUCACUCAACAAUAAAUUAUUCAUUUGGUUGUUUUGGUCAUAGAUGUAGUCGAGUAGGCGGUGAAAAAGAGCUUUUGAAGUUAUAACGAAAAAAAACGCCUUCUAGAAACCCAAAGGUGUAGUUGAUCAAGCUGAAAACAUGGUCUAGUUCAACCAGUUGCGCCUUGACGGGCUCAGAAUGUAGCGGAUUUGUGCUGGAGUCCGUGCUAGCCUCAAAAGAGAGUAGCCACUUUGAGUGAAAACUUUACACGGUGUUCUUCUCAUUUCAAGGUCGUUGGCUUUUCGCCGGAAGCAGUGGCCAUGUACAUCGGGCUCGUUGGAAUCCUCUCUGUGGUGGCUCAAACGGCCCUUCUUCUUCUACUGAGCAACUACUUCGGCACAAAACACACAAUCACUCUAGGGCUGGUCUUUCAACUCGUUCAACUCACUUGGUACGGUCUCGGAACUCAGUAAGUCACCACUUAUUUCCAGCUAAACGGGAACAACUCUAGUUUAUUCGUGUCUUUUGAGGAACUGGAUGAUGUGGUCGGCAGGGGUUCUGGCAGCGAUGAGCAGCAUCACAUACCCGUCGAUUUCUGCUUUCGUUUCAAUUUUAUCGGACAAAGAUAAGCAGGGAACUGUUCAAGGUGUCAUCACUGGCAUCCGCGGACUCUGUACAGGUUUUCCGAAAUUUUUUUAAUUUCCCUUCAACAUUCUAAGCUUUUUAAAUUUUAUCUUCCAGAACUAUCAAGGAAAGUUUUUUUUUUCAUUACCUGUUUUUUUAAAAUUAUUUGAAUAACGUGUAAUUUACAUGUACUUGUACUAUCGUUGUAUGCAUUUGAAAGAGCGAUUUUUAAAAGAUUCAUGAUCUUCUCCUCUAAGAGCUCGAAAGUUGUGCAAAUUAGAAUCUGACUAGGGAACGUUUUUUCACCCCCCGGUUGAACUUUUGACGAAUCUUUGCUGAAGUGUUCUUUAGGACCUCCUGAUUGCAAAACAAGAAAAAAAUUUCUCGCAAUAGAUCUUGUUUUCGAGUUAAACCGCUUCAAAAAACUAAAAAUUACGCAUUUUUGGCCUAAUUAUCGUGUUUUGCGGACUUUGAAAGUUCAUAACUCGAAAACGAGAUCUAUUGCGAGAAUUUUUUCUUCCUGUUUUGCAAUCAGGUUGUUCUCAGCAAAUUUUCAUCAAAAGUUCAACCGGGGGGUAAAAACGUUCCUUUGUGAUGAUAAUAAUCGAUAAGAGAAUAAGGUUCAUCAGAAAAAAGGAAAAUUUAAGGUUUUGGACCGGCGCUUUUCGGAUUCGUUUUUUACCUGUUCGACGUCGACCUGGAAGACGACAAGGACGGAGCUGGCCACGUCGGAGUCGGUCCUCAUUUUCCGGCGGUGGUGGCGGCUCGCCUUCGCUCCGGAGUCCACGAGAAAAUCCUGUCCCCCAGUCGCAACGAAUCCAUUUGGGUUCGCCUAGCCAGUCGUUUUCCGUGAUCAUAGGCCAGUUGCAGGACGACCGGCCAGCUUUCGAUUGGCAACUGAUUCCCGGCCCACCGUUUCUCAUCGGAGCGAUGAUGGUUCUUUGUGCCUUACUGAUCAACUCCACUCUGCCGGCCACUCCUCCGGCGAGCAAGUAUUUCAGAAAGUAUGUCAGACUUUUUUUCUUUUUUUUCUUAUUCUUUCAAUGGGUCAGAAAAAAAUGAUAACAACUCAAUGCUGAAAACCUACUGAAAAUAAUAUUUCCCUUGAAAAAAAUAACGAGAAAAAUAACUUCUAUUUGGAAUAUAAAUUCAGUUUUUUUAACUUUCCUUCGAUCUUAUCUCCUAAGUGAGAUGGGUAUAUAAGGAGGCUUGAUUAUCAUUCUGGGAUUUCUUCAUCCUGCCAAUAAGCCUCUGCUGAUACUUCGGCUAUCACGGACACAACAAAUGGCGACCAGGCUGAGAUAGUUUUUGUGUCCGCGGUAGCCGAGGUAACUGAGGUUUAUUGACAGAAUGGAGAAGUCACAGAUAGAUAGCCAAACGGCCUUACAUACUCAUCUCACGUAGGAGAUAAGAGUAUUAUUUAGAUAGACGUGAUAUUACAACAUUUUCCAUUUAAGGUCUCCAACACACUCUCGUCAGUCUUCCGAUACGGCAAGACUACUGAGCAGCGAUUCUUCACCCCACUGCUAG